GAACGAGUGGGUUACGGGUAGUUUCUUCCUAAAAUCAUACAGCCGCUGAGUACAACACUAUUAACGUGUACAGUAUUCUCUCGCUCUUAUUUCACACCACAGUCACACACUUGCAUUGAAGAUUAUAGCGAACAAAUUGUAAACAAACAACAUUUUACGAUACAGUUUACUGAAAUUUGGGCAACAAGUUUAAUUAUACUCCAAAGGAACCACAGAGAUCGGUGUAACUGAGAUGGGCAAAAACUGUGCUGUUGAAGGAUGUCCUAGUUUCAGGCAUUGUAUAUCAACAAAAUCGUUCUACAAAAUAUUCACUGCAAAGAGAACGAAUAUCGACAAGUGGAUCGAGUUUUGUCAAAAUUCACCGCUUGCAAAAGACAGUGUGAUUUGUGAGCGACAUUUCAAAGACUCUGAUUUCUGCAAUCCCAACAACAAAUCGCAAGGGGUACACUCACUUGCAUGUCCGAGCCUUUAUCCGCCGACUACCGGUUCAGUCGAACCGAGACCCAGUUUGUUGCAUAGGGAUGAAACGCAGGAACUAAAGCUAGAAAUCAAGAUUGAACCGACGGAAGUAAAUUUUUAGUUGGCCCUUAGACAUGAUGUACACAAUUCCUACUCAACUCAACUAUUGAAUUGUUUGUAGAAAUUAAAUGUUAAUACUUAAGUAGCUAUAGGUACCGCAAAGUGCCUAAUUCAGCGCAUUUGGUCCAAAGUUUGUCGAAAUUUAAGAAAACUGUAUAUGAUGGUGAUACAUCACAAUAACACUGGAAAUCAACAUUAACAUUAUUUCCAAUUUAUUGGAAACAUUCCAAAAUGCGCGUAAUUAGGGUCUUAGGCCCGCUGAAUUACGGCACCUUACGGUAUGUAUAUUUUAUUUUGUUAAUUCGACUGAUAACAUUUAUAUAUUUAAUAAUUAUAAAUUAGCCAAAACAAGAUAAAAAAUGCGAAAUAUGAAAGUACACAAUAAAUUUAGGUCCUGUAAAUGUGAUUAAUCUUUUCGUUCAAGUGCAAUACUAAAUACGAAAAUUACUGGAGAAACUAACAAUCGUAUGUUAUGGGGAAUGAACUUCUUUGGAUUUUUUUAGGUGCAGCUCAGGUAACGUUUAGCAUAGCAUAUUUAAUCGAACACGAAAGUCGAUGUUAAAAAAAUCUAGAAAAUAAU